CUUUGAAGGCGUUAUUAUACUAUCGCUAACGCUGUGACUGUUAUAAACAAUGAUAUUGAUCGUAUGCAAGCCUUGAUUUAAGCUAGUGAUGUUACAGAUCGAGACAUUAGAAGCAAGUCACUGUCUGAAAUGAGUCUCUAUUUGGCUAGUAAGAAUGGCCGUGACCAAGAAGUGCUUAGCCUGCUACAGAGUGGAUAUUCACCCAACAGUGACUACGACUCACUCCCUCACACAUUCCAAACUAGGCCAGUUCAUACUAGAGAACAUGGUAGAGAAACUCCACUGCACAUGGCAUGUGCUUACAACCAUUUCCGCAGUGCAGAGCUACUCAUAAAGUUUGGAGCCAUUGUAGCUGCUACAGAUAACAUUGGCUGGACCCCUUUACACUGGGCAAGUGCUAACAACAGUGAGGCAACUGCUAAGCUGUUACUGCAACACCACUGUCCCACAGAUAUCACAGACAAGGAUGGACACACUGCUGCUGAUCUGGCCAGAAGGAAUGGGCACUAUGCUCUGGCCGACUAUGUGGAGGCAUUCCAGCCUGGACCUAGAGGUCCUCUGCCUUUGUACCCAACACUGGAACAGCUCAGUAAGCUGGAUUGUGAUAGUCCCGCACUUCGUCUCGGUGCUCGCAUAUUGAACGUGGGUGAUUGCUUUGAGAAUUUUCGGUCGCGGCCCCGGACCACCGGCUACUAUCUCUCAACAGAAACUCUCCGUAUAGCCAAAAUCAAGAAUAUUGACAUGCAGUGGAAGGAUAUUGUGGAAGGUCUAUUGGGCAUUAGAGAAAGAGGAUUGGUAUAUACUGUGCUCCAGGAGUAUAGUUACUCAGGGGAAGGUGAUAGUAUUAUGUCAGUGGGUGCAUUCUAUGGCUGGUCCCAAUCGGAUAUUCAAGACCCACCUCUACCAGGUGAAAAUUAA